AUGCCUAGCUUUACUAUCGGUUUUGAAGAGCCGUUCAUCGUCAGGACCUCAAAGACGUCCCCGCUCAAGUCAAGUCUCCCAACUUAUGACUUUGUGACGCUCAAGCUGCAUUGGACGGAGGUGACCAUGUGGGUCCUUACCACCUAUCGUGACCAGAGGAGCCAGGCCAACCUGUUCUGUUUUGAGAAUGAAGGCCGUCUACCCAAGAAGGGCUCAGUGACUUUCAGCGCCAUCAUUGCCGACCUUGACCGUCGAAUCGGUCCUGAACAAGGUGGAGCCCUUUCUUUCUACCGCUCCAACACCGUGCGCUACGCGUUUAGCGAUGACGAGCUGGUUUCCCACAGAUCGCGACGUGGCACUAUGCACAGGCGUACCGGUUGCUGGGACCCUUCCAUCGACGCCCCAGCACUUGCGCUGGCGCGUGACGUCGCCGCCAAGUUCCUCGGCCUGUCAUCAUCGGCGAUUGUCACGCUCAUGGGAAAUGAUGGCCUCAACAGCCUCUUCUACCCGACCAUCGACCACCCGCUCCACGGCACGCUGGAUGGGUUCCAGAUCGGAGAGCCCAAGACGAUGCUCGUCCGCGGCCUGUUCGGAAUGCCAACCAACAACACUGUCCUCAACGACCAGCGUGCCGUAGAAGCUCUGGUUGUUAAGCACAUUGUCGAACCGGGCCAAGAAAACGAGUACCAGCCUCUCUUGUGGCACGUGGACAGCAACUGGAUGGCCGGUGUCGACAUUCUCAACACCCUGGCCGCCUCAGACGCAACCCCCUUCUCCAACCUCGGCUUUGGCGACGAUGACUGGGCUGGCUGGCAGCGCCUUUGCAGUGAGGAGGUCACCAGUGUCUUCCCGCACGCCCGGCUAGUCUUUAAAGAUUACCGUAGGGUUCUCACGCGACUCGUUGACCUUCUGAUCUCCACGCAUGUCGCGGCCGCUACCGGUACCCAUAACCGGACCGAUCGGGUGUGGAGUAAGAACGAGAUCGUUAUCAUUGCGAGGCAACUUUCUCACCGCACCACCUCUUCCAUCACAUGUGCUUUGACCGACAAGGCGACCGCCAUCGAGGAGGCAUACCACAUCGUGGAGGAGAUCUUGGACAAAAACCCCUUCGGUGCGCUGCGCCCAGGAUUUGACGCGUCCCAUGUCUGGCUCGCGUACGAGAUUGACCUCCUGGUGGACAGGGCUGGCAAGCUGGCCAUUGACCACGAGUGA